UAUCUUCCCAUCUUCCAUUCACUGGCGAUCCAGACAUUCCACUAUUUAAUUGUGUAACACAACAGCUUUAGUUACCCCGCCGAGGGGUAAGCCUCCCCUUCUCACCUCAACCACAACCACAAGCAAACGCAAAUAACACCUUUAUAAUAGCCUUCUUCUCUCCUAUCCUUCCUCAUCCCUCCCUCCUCACUUCCUUCCUCCCACCACACCCCAUCCAUCGAUCACAGUCAAAAUGACAGACCUCAAAAACACCCUCGACCCCCUCCUCCUCAAACAUGCCAGCAUAGGAUACAUCGGGCGCGAUUCCCCCUCCUUCUCCGAGACCACCCGCGUGUGGAACGUGGGCCGCAACAAGAGCUGCACCCCGCUCGCCGUCCUCCAGCCCCAAUCCGCCCAAGACGUCGCCGCCCUCGUUCCUUUCCUCCACAACCAGGAUCUCCCCUUCAGCGUCCGCACCGGCGGCCACAACAUCGAAGGCAAAUCCAUCCAGAACGACACCCUCCUCAUCGAUCUCCGCGCCCUCGACUUCGUGCACAUCGCUCCGGACCGCAAAUUCGCCACCAUCGGCGGUGGCAUCCUGCAGGGGAAGCUCGGGGAGACGCUCUGGAAGGAAGGCCUGAUUACCCCCACGGGCUCGAUCCCGGAUGUCGGGUACGUGGGCUGGAGUACCUACGGCGGGUACGGCCUUUUUGCGCCGCGCUGGGGGCUAGGGGUGGAUCAGAUCCUCGGGGCGAAGGUGGUCAAGGCGGACGGGACGGUCGUGGAUACGGAUGAGGACCCGGAAUUGUUGAAGGGGAUCAGGGGAGCGGGUGGCGUGCUUGGGGUUAUUGUUGAGGUUCGCGUCAAGGUCUAUGAGGCCAAGCAGCUUCUCUCCGGCGUCAUCAUGUUCGAAUCCUCGGAUAUCAAGAAGACCUUCGUCGGGUUUAACGCCGCCUUCCAGGCCCUCCAGGACGACGAAGGCAUCCCCGAUGCCCUGGCCGUCCAGCAGAUCGCCAUCAACGCGCCCCCCGGCCGCCUGUUCGGGACCAUCGUCGUCUGGACGGGCGACGACCUCGACGAAGGCAAGCGCUGGGCCGACCGGGUCGCCCAGCUCGGCAUCGCCAUCAUGAACACCGUCGCCCCCACCGCCAUCCCCGACUGGUUCCGGGGCAACGGCGCCAUGGUCCCCACCAGCGUGUACGGCUCCAGCCGCACCGCCAACGUGCGCCAGAUCACCCCAGAGCUGGCCGAAACCCUCGGCGCCAGCCUCGAGAAGAUGCCCGCCGACCCGGCCACCAUGCUCUCCGUGCACCAGCUGCGCGGCCCGUCCGCCACCCCCACCCGCGACUCGGUCUUUGCCGCGCGCGAACCACACCUCAUGCUGGAGAUCCUUGGGUGCGUGACGGCGGAGGACCUGCAGGAGGAGGCCGAGAAGUGGGCGUCCGACAUGCUAGCCAGCGUGCACGGCACCCAGGCGCAGAACCUGCUUCCCGGUGCCUAUGUGUCGCUACACUGCGAGGGUGCCCAGACGAUCUGUGUCGAGGAUCGGGUGAAAAAAUUGUUCGGGGAGUUUGCCGACGAGGUGGUUGCGCUGAAGGAGAAACACGAUCCGAAGAACUUGUUCGCUCACGCGGUUCCCAAGCUGAAGUAGGGGGUUCGUUUUCUGCAUGAUGAGAUGUAUUAUGAUAGCACGCAUGGGACGUUAGCAGUUUGACGAAUGUCUUUAUUCCAAUUCACUAGCAUUGAUUCUCCUAUA